AUGCUCCUAAAAAAGUUCUUUCUCGGCGGACUGCUUUUAUUAGGGCCUGUGGAGGCAUCUCCAUACCUCCAGAAGCGUGCGAAUGAGUGCAACCGCGAUAAUCUGUUCCGAUGUCUUAUAGACACAAGAUACACUGUUCAGGCGGUUGCUUACUGUAGCGGUCUCUCACCAUUUACAACAACGGUGAAGACAGUCACGGCGACGUCCACCCGAGCGAUUACGACCAUCGUUGGACGGACUGAGACAAACACUAUCACGUCUACCACCACGGUAUUUACAACUACGGUGCCCGUUGCUACCGAGACCAUUACUCGUCUUGCCCCCACAAAACGUGAUGUUGAGGAGCGUGCAGCUGCGCCUGCUUCACCACCGAAAUGCGUAACAUCCGGGACUUCAUACCCGGCAUCUCGCAUCACUUCAGCCUGCUCGUGCAUCGGAGUGCCGGCUCGUACCGUCUCGGCGACGGCAACGAUCUCCACGAGGACUGUUACAGAGAAAUCUACAGUAACAGUCACAAUAACAGCAGCUGCGACCUCAUGGGUCACCGUCUCAACUGCGACGACAGCCGGAACGGUGACUGUGACGGUUGAGCCGCCCCCGGCAGUGACCACCAAUCUCUUGGUGAAUGGCGACUUCGAAACAGCCGGAAGUCCUCCUCGCGGGUGGGAGAUUGUCUCAUCUUCAGCCACUGUCGCGUUGGCCACGAGACAGUACGGCUCGAGAAGCACCGCCCUCAUGCUCAAUCCCGCUAUCGGAGGUGUAGAGCCGGUCGCAAUGGUGCGGCAGUUGUUCUCCGUGCCGAUAGAGGGGUUUUAUGUCGUCUCUUUUGAUUACAUUAUAAUACCCAAGACGCCGAGCCUUCCACUGGGCAACAAGAUUGAAAUGAAUAUCCUCACGGAGCACGACGAAAAGAUCCUAUCACCGGAAAAUAUCGUUUUGAUAUGGGACAGCACGAACAACCCGUACUGGCAAACGUACAGGUCGGGGCCGGUUAGCUUGCCGAGGGUGGGACACGUUGCUAUACAGUUCGACCUCUUCAACGCAGACGAAGACAUAAACCAUGGAGCGAACAUCCUUCUGGACAACGUCGAGAUUAAAAGCUUUGCCGAAACUACCUAG